AUGGCAAGACGCCUUCAUAUUGAAGCAAAAGAAAAGCUCCCAAACUGGGAAACAUUUGACUGGGGAAACAUCGAUCACCCAGGAGACGAGGAGUUUUACAAAAAGUGUCUAGAGGAUCGAGAAGAGCGAAUGAAUCACGUGUUCGAGUACUACAAAAAAUCGGACAUCGCAACAAUGGAAGGACAACGCCGAAUUGCUAGAGCUACAGGCGAGCUGGAUUACUCGUUACUUUUCCAUGUAAACAAACAGGAAAGAGGAAAAUCGCUGAAAUUGGCUAAAGGAUUUCUCGCUUUAGCAAAAGCAAUAAAUGAUGGAAAAUUCUCGACACCUGCGAUCAUUGGAGCCUCUCUAGCAACAUUUUCGGGAGAUCACACGCCACGAAUCAGGAUAACAAAUUCGAAUGGAAUUGAUGGAAAAUUCUUGAAGGAAAUCCGCAAAGUGCUCAUGGAAAACCAAUGCCCAAAAUAUCAUCCAAUCUCGGGUAUCUCCGGCUCGAUGAAC